CCCCCGCCCCCAGGCCGGCCGAUAUAAAGCAGUGCGGCGCGGCCGGCCGGGUUGUGCGCGGCGCUGGCUGGGUCGGUGCAGCGGGCCGGACUCUGCCUCCCACAGACGCCCCGGCCCCAGCGGGGCGCGUUAUGGACCUGCCCGGGGGGCGCCGACGCUGAGCCAUGAUGAAGACCAUCAUCGCCGCCUACUCGGGCGUCUUGCGAGUUUCAGGUACCAAGUGCGAAUGGGAAGAGGCUGUAGUAGGAACCAGAAUAGGAUUAAACUUUGGACCCAGGGAAGAGAUUAAUGUAAAUGGUGAUCAAAGACCAGGUACUGGGUCAAGCAUCCUCUCUGCUCUGCAGGAUUUAUCCUGGUUGUCCAAGUCCAAAGUAGAGAAGCAACUUCAGAUUAUAUCUGUGCUGCAAUGGGUCCUUACUUUCCUUGUCAUGGGUGUGGCAUGCACUGUAAUCCUCAUGUACAUACUCUGUACAGACUGCUGGGUGAUUGCAGCUGUGUACUUGGCAUGGCUGGUGUUUGACUGGAAUACUCCAAAGAAAGGUGGAAGAAGAUCCCAGUGGGUCAGAAACUGGGCCAUAUGGAGAUACUUCAGAGACUACUUUCCAGUACGGCUGGUAAAAACCCACAAUCUGCUGACCAACAGGAAUUACAUUUUUGGCUACCACCCACAUGGAAUUAUGGGCUUGGGUGCCUUCUGCAACUUCAGCACAGAAGCCACUGGUGUUGGCCAGAAGUUUCCUGGGAUCAGACCGUACCUUGCGACACUAGCUGGGAACUUUAGAAUGCCUAUUUUGAGGGAUUACUUAAUGUCUGGCGGUAUCUGUCCUGUGAACCGCGACAGCAUAGAUUACAUCCUGUCCAAGAACGGCAGUGGAAAUGCAAUUGUCAUUGUGGUUGGAGGAGCUGCAGAGUCCCUGAACUGCAUGCCAGGGAAGAACUCAGUGACUCUGAAAAAUCGGAAGGGAUUUGUGAAGCUGGCUCUACGACACGGAGCGGAUUUGGUCCCGGUGUAUUCGUUUGGCGAGAACGAUGUUUACAAGCAGGUGAUCUUCGAGGAGGGCUCCUGGGGAAGAUGGGUCCAGAAGAAGUUUCAGAAACACAUUGGUUUUGCUCCAUGCAUAUUCCAUGGCCGUGGCCUUUUCUCUUCCAACACCUGGGGAUUGGUACCUUAUUCCAAGCCCAUCACCACUGUUGUUGGGGAGCCUAUCACCAUUCCUAAAGUUGACCAUCCGAGCCAGAGGGAGAUAGACUUUUAUCACAGCAUGUAUGUGAGCUCUCUGAUUAGACUCUUUGACAAGUACAAGACUAAAUUUGGCCUGCCAGAGACUGAGGUAUUGGACAUCAACUGAGAGAACAACGUUUGACCUGGUGGUGACCUGCUCGAAAUCAGAGUUGGAGAUGAUGUCUCCAGAAGUCCACAUUGUUUUUGUUCUAUAAAGCUGAAAGCAUGUGUGGAUGGGUGUCUGUUUUUAAAGGAAAAAAAGUUGUUAAACUAGUCAAAUGUUAGACCUUUUUAAAAAUAAAAAAAAAUCUUGCUUCAGAUGCAUCCCAUUACAAAUUGCUAUCGCUAUCAAGAAGAACACUACAAUUUCCCACAGCUGUGGGAAUGAGGACAGAGGAAAACAUGAUUCCCAUUGUAAUCUGCUAUACAAUAUUUCUGAUGGCCAAUGAUGGACUUUAAAUAUUCCCACUGCUACAGAUUCUUACCAGCAGUGGCAGAUUCUGCUGGGAGAGUAGGGUCCAUUUAUUUUGCAACCCAAAGAAAGCACUUAUUUGAUUUGAUAGUGACCCCGGUAUUGUAGCUACAUUGCACAAGAACUGCUUUUAGAUGUCGUUACAUAGCACAAGGGCGUUUCUGGUUGGGAAAAGCCCCUUCUGAAAGCACAAACAAUGCAAUUUGAUGGUUGGGCCCUGUUUUUAUAGCUUCUGGUGUGCAUGGGGUUGGAAACCAAAAACUUGUAACUCCAAAAGACCAUGUUAUUUCCAUGCAGUAUAUAGUGUAUUUGGCACCCUAUUUUUUAAUUUUUGAAUGUCUUUAUAAACAGAUCUGACUUUAGAUGGUACUUGAAUGUGUGUUGUAUGAGAAUGUUGGAAGCGCUCAGUAUUAGCCAGCAAUACUUUAAACAAACUCUAGAAGUAUUGGGAGGUGCAAUUUUUAUGUGAAUGUAACAAUGGCCCUGAUCCUGCAAACACUCAGGGAUGUGCAGCAGGGUGAAUGCGACGGGGCUGUUCCUGUGCAUGAAGUGAUGCAUGUGUUUGCAAGAUCAGGGUCCACAUGUAAAGUUCAAAGAUGAGUUUAUAAAAAAUUAUAAUAUAUUCCAUGCUGUGAAUGUAAGGAAGUAGCCUUUCUGCACAGGAUAUACGUUUAUUGACUGUUUUUAAAUGUUUGUUUAUAAAAUGUUUACAUGGAUGUUGACACUGAUGCUUAUAGUGAGAUGAGGUGUGUGUGUGUGUGUGUGUGUGUGUGUGAUUUAAAACGUUGCACUACUGCAUGUGUAACCUGCCUUCUUCAACAGUUAAUUGUUGAAUGUAUUGAAGCUCUGAAAUGUGCCUUUGUAUUACGCAAGAGGACAGUCCUGGAAUCUUGCAUCACAACUAAAUGUUUCUCCUUUCCUAUUUGAUGGAAUAUUGUACCAUAUCCAAACUUUUUGUACAAAUUUAUAGAAAUAAAUUUGAGCAAAAAUAGUUCA